AUGGCAUCCAUAGCUCCACUUCAGACUCUUUUCUCUAAAAAUUUCACAAAGCAAUCCACAUUGCUUGAUUCUCCAUCAUUUUUGGCCUCUAAAGUUGGAAAUCUCAAAAACAAAGAAAGAAGGCCAUUGCCAGUGGUUGCCGCCGUCGGUGACGUUUCAGCCGAAGGAACAACCUAUCUGAUAGCCGGUGCUGCUGCAGUGGCGCUGCUUGGAACAGCCUUCCCGAUAGUCUUCUCCCGCAAGGAUACGUGCCCAGAGUGUGAUGGAGCAGGAUUUGUGAGGAAAGCAGGAUCAACCUUGAGGGCAAAUGCAGCCAGGAAAGAUCAGGUGCAGAUUGUAUGUGCUCGUUGCAAUGGUCUUGGGAAGCUUAACCAAAUUGACAAAUAG